AUUCCUGCUCUCUGUAGCUUGUCGCUUGGAUAAGUGUAUAAAACUAAAUUCCACAUUCGAAAAUUUUUUUACGAGCGGUUGUGACUGCGUUGAACGUGUAUUCCAUUGUUCAUUUUUAAACAAGAACGAUAAAAUGUCGUUUAGGGUGUUUUCCCGGAAGUUUUCUGCUGGCAAGCAAUUACGCGCCAUUAUGGACGAGCAGUUCACUCCCGACAAACUCAAGGCCUACGAAAAACCCGAAGUCGUCCAAGGUUUGGAAUUAUGGAAGAAAGUGACCUAUUUUAUUGGUUUACCAGGAUGCUUGUUGGCAAGUAUUUACUGCAUCAAUGGACAUUUGGAACAUGAAAAACACACAUCGCGACCAGAAUUUAUUCCGUAUGAACAUUUGCGCAUUAGAACUCGGCGAUUCCCAUGGGGCAACGGAGACCAGACUUUGUUCCAUAAUCCGAAAUUGAAUGCUACCUCUCAUGGUUACGAACAAGAUGAAUAAACAUGGAAAUACAAUGUUUUAUUUAUCUGUAGUUAUAUUAUAAUACCAAUUUAAUAAAGUAUAUUAUACUGGUUUUGUUAAACAAUAAGUCGCUCCACAAACCAAUUAAGUAUAUCUAAUAAUAAAUAAAUGAGACCUUUUUGUAGACUUAAA